AUGGCUCCUCUAUCUACGGGCUACGCGCCCGAUCUUGAGAAGUAUCUCCGGUCUCUCAAGGGUCAGGCAUUGGAAUCCUCUGUUGAGAACCUCAUCUCUCUCCUCAAGCGACGCCAGAUCAAGGGCUCCGAGCCUUGCGCCGUCGCUACCGCACACAUCCUACUUCAGGUCGUCGCCCGAUCAAAAUGGUUCAACGUCGAUAACUUGAUUGAUAAUGUCUCUCGCAUCGGCCGUCGGCUGGUGGAGGCUCAGCCCAAGGAGCUUGUGAUUGCAAACAUCGUGCGCCGAGUUCUAGGUCUCAUUCGCGACGAAGCAGCCGAGGAUAGAAACGAGGGUGCUAGUGAGACCCCCAGCGAGGCCCAGAUGACACCGACCGAUGCCGUGCCACACCCAGAAGCUCUUUCCCACCAGUGGCCUCCUUCAACAUAUGGCAAGCAAGAUUCAGCUGGUGACUAUAUCACCAACAGCGCCAGACCUCCUCCUGCCCGACCUGGCCCGUUAUCCUCCUACAGCUCCGUCAACGUCCCCAAGACUCUCUUCCACCUCCUCUCAGUGUCUUCUCCCAACGAUUUCGCAACUAGUAGUCAGGGAUCUCCCGUGGGACUCUCAGGGACAUCUACUCCUUCAUGGAAGGCUCCUUCCGCCCAGGUCCACGCUUUGAGAUCCGAGGUCAUUGACGGUAUUGAGGAGAUCAAGGACGAGAUUAGCCAAGUGGAUGACCAGAUUGCAUCCCUGGCCGAGGUCCAGAUCCAUCCCGGAGACUACGUUCUUGUCCACCAGCCCUCGCCCACCGUCGAACGAUUCAUCCUGCGCGCGGCUCUUAAGCGCCGAUUUACAGUGCUUAUCGCUACGGAACCCCCCAAGAAGCAGACCACUGAAGUCCCACAUGCUGGUUUCAGAAAGAAACUUGCUUCUACUGGUAUCACAGCGAUCAACGUGAUGAACGGAGGAUUGAUGGCAUACAUGUCCCGAGUGGACAAGGUCAUCUUCGGCGCGCGGGCUAUUGUGGCUAAUGGCAGUGUCCUUGCCGAUGCUGGCGCUGCAGCGAUUGCACGGGCUGCCAAGGAGCAAGGAAAUGCAGUCAUUGUCCUCAGCGGUGUGUACAAGCUCAGCCCAGAGAACCCCUUCAACGAGGAGUCUUUGAUUGAGUGGGGAGACUCUGCUAGCUUUGUCAACUUUGCAGAUGGAAAGAUGGUGAACAGUGUUGAGGUCCGAACUGCCAUCACAGAGCUUGUGCCACCCGAGCUGAUUGACACAUACAUUACCAACUUGGGAACACACUCAAGAGAUCAUCUCUCAAGUCUUAUUGCAGACCAUUACAAGCAGGAGGAUGUCGACUUUCACAUGUGGAGCGGAUGA